CGGGAAAGUCCCGUAUAUUCGAAAGUGAAACCAGCCUGCAGCCAACACUCAACUCGAAGACCUAUGUUCUAAGCUGAAGAUUUCUAUACUUUAUCUUCGAUUUUUUCUGAACAAGAAAUAUUCUAAUAGUUGGACUUCAGCUGGGCUAUUUCAAAGAGGUUGAAUACUGAAUACUGCAUACUGAAUAGUGUAUUUCAAGAUCGUAGUGCAAUGUGACCGUUUAAAGUCAAAGAAACAAUGCAAAGAAGUAUUUAGGUAUACAUCAUACCUCAGCCAGCUGGAGCGAAAGGAUGUCCAAACCUUUAAGACUUGCAAAUGAAGCAAAAUGUGCGUGUACUAACGACAACCCCUUGAGGUUCAGGCGUUUCCAUGAUCGCGAAAGAGAUGAAUUAUUAGGUUUGCAGUGUUUGAUAUGUGACAAGGAGUACCUCAAGAAAACGUUUGUGCUCAUAAGCCGUGAUGGGCAUAUUCUUCAAUCCGGUAGACAUAAAUUCUACCUUGCUGAAAGGUCCCAUAUACCCGAGGAUGGUGUCCACAUGGUACACUCAGCAAAAACGGCAAUCGAAAAUGGCGAUAAUCUCAAACCUGGUGACCAUAUUGCAUGGAAAAGGCCGUUGGGUCACUGGCAUCACGCCAUUGUCACAGAAACGAAUGACAGCGGCAAUGAAGUUCGCGUUGUUCACUGGCACGGUGACAAAAGCGGUAUCAUAACCCCCGACUGCAAAAUACAAGAGGAAUGGAUAGAUUUGAAAAAACAAAAAGGAAGCUUAUACCUAAUGGACUAUUCUGAAGAGAUUCUGAACACGAACCCUGCCCGACUUGUUAUUGCUCGCGCUCGUUCAAGAAUCGGCGAUAAGGGCUAUCAUCUAGUCACAGAUAACUGCGAAACGUUUGCUUCGUUCUGUAAGUUUGGUGUCGCAAUAAGCCAACAAAUUAUCUGGGCAUGCAAGGAACUAAAAAAUGAAUGUAAAAAAUCUGGUCUUAAGACCUUUGCAAAAGUUGGCCUUGCUGAGCUCACCGAGCAGGCUGUCUACCAAGAACAGUGGCUUGGAUUUAGUUUGGUAGUAGUCUUGGAAGGUAUACACACUUGUAUUGAUAUAAAAGACCUUUGGAAAGCCAGAAGAGAAGGGAAAAUGACUAAAAAAAUUGUCAUUGAGCAAAUCACGGAGAGAUUGACGCAAGCCGUUUUUUGUGGUGGUCUAGCAGGUGUCGGGAGUGUGGUGCCCAAGGUAGGUUUUAUUGUUGGGUUUUUUGGUGGUAUCGUGGGCAAAUGGAUCGGAUCCAUGGUUGGUCCUAGUGUUGGGCAAUUUAUUGCUAGCCUGGUCGAAUACGAUGACAGAGCGAUCUGCAAAAUCACAAAUUUGCGAUCUGGAGAUCAUCUGGUGCUUCCGUACGACAGUGAAGAAUCACAUCACUGCAUUGCACAAUGGUAUAACGAGGAGACAAACCAUAUAAACGUCAUCCACAACACAGAGAAAUACGGGGUAAUACAAGAAUGGAUAGAGUUUGUACAGCCUACCUAUAAGGUCAUAUACGAGGAGAAAGAAGGCUGCACUCCAGAUGAAGCCUGGUCCAAAGCAGUGUCCAACCUUGGCCGGAAACAAUACGAUGCGGAAUGCUUCAAUAGCAAGCACUUUGCUCAGAUGUGUUGCAAGAAAUGAUGAGGGAUGAUGUAACAACAACAACCAUGAUAUAUACAAUUAUAUUUACAAGAGAAAAAUAAGUACAAAGUAUUAAAACCUAAAUAAAGGUACAGCUAGGCUAUCUAUAAUAACCACGAGGGCUAGCCGAGAUAGAUAGCUAGAUAGUAACUCAUCAUGUAACAGGAAUGACUGAUUAGUUCACAUUCCAAAUCAUUAUAAGCUUAUCCAAACAUAUUUUUUGAGCCAGAAGGCCUAAUAUCAAAAUAAAUUUCCAAAGACAUUAACUUAUUGUUAGGCCUUUUAGAGUAUGCAACGGCGUUGCUACACAAGUUGCAUGGAGCAUCGCAGCUUGUUACCCUCUGCUCCGCAAUGUCAAAAAAUGUUACGACCAAUCGUCGCAAAAAGUAUAAUUUGCUUCUACUUUUGGAAGCGAUUGCGACUGCGACUGACACUCCACAACUUGUGUCCCAGCGCUGUUGAGAGAAAAGUUGCAGAAAAAAUUGCUCCGUGUAAUCGCGAUUUAAGGUGGAGUCGUACAAUGAUUUAUGAGUAGUUAAAUAAUUUCAUUAAAUAUAAUGCUUAAGGACUUGUGAAUAAAAGAUUGUAUUUGUAUAACU